AUGACAAGAAUCUCUGAUCUUUCACAAGAUUUGAUAGAGGAGAUACUCUCUAGGGUUCCGUUACCGUUAACUUCUCAGGUGAGAUCCACUUGCAAAAAAUGGAACGGUUUGUAUAAAGAUGAAAGUUUUACAAAGAAGCACCGUGGUAAAGCAGCUAAUGAUACCAUGGUGAUCAUGGUGCGUGAUUCUAGGGUUUGUUUAGUGAACCUCGAUGUCCAGGGAGUCCUUAAGAAAAAACAAGGCUUAGUUGAGCUAUCCAAAAAGCUAAUAGGUCAACUUAACCAUAUCACGGUAUCUGAUGUCUACCAUUGUGAUGGCUUAUUGUUAUGCCUUCCCAAAAACGGUAUGCUGGAGUCAGAUCCCGUGGUAUGGAACCCGUUUUUGGGACAAGACAGGUGGAUCAAACCCAGAAGAAAAUUAACCAUCUUGGGUAGGUAUAGGUAUUGUAUGGGAUACGACAACAAGAACAACCACAAAAUCUUGAGGUUUUUGAAGCAUGACGAUGGUACUACUGUUGAGCACGAAGUAUUCAAUUUCAAAUCUGAUUCGUGGAGGGUUCUUCGUCUCACUCCUGACUGGAUUAUACCGUAUGAUCGCCAGGGCUUGUCUUUGAAAGGAAAUACUUACUUUACUGCUAAGGAAAGAAAAGUAGGGAUGAGAAAAUCUUUAAUCUGUUUUGAUUUUACAAGUCUGAAAUUUAGACACUGUAUGGAUCUGGAAUCUAACUCCCGUAAGGGAGACUCUGUGAUUCUAUCUUCUGUUGGAGAAGAACAGCUUGCAGUGUUAUUUUACAAUGCUGAUACAUAUGAUAUUGAGAUACGGAUUACAACAAAGAUUGAGGAGGGCAAUGAGGUGACGUGGAGAAAUUUCUUGAAAGUUGAUGUGAAGCCAUUCGGAUUCAGUGGAAAGUUUUGGAUGUUUCUUUGGUAUGGGAGUUUCUUGAGGAAAAGAAAGUGGCAUUGGUUUGUGAUAAGUCUUCAGCAGAGUUUACAUGAUUGGAGAGGAUAA